GAACAGUUCCAGCUCAGAAACGAAAGAACACUCUCCCUUGGCAGUGUGAUCUGGACAUGAAUGGGAACACUGCUGCUGGAAGCCUCCCUCACUCCAAAAGUGCCAACAUGGUUUCAGAGGUGUCCCAGGAGAGCCAGCCCUACAGCCGGAUUUCUCGGACGCCCCGGAAGACUGCUUCUUUUGGAAAGCGUUCCAACUCCAUGCGCAGAAAUCCCAAAGCUGUCGUCACAAAACAGGGCUGGCUGUACAAGCAGGGCAGCAGUGGAGUGAAGCAGUGGAACAAGCGCUGGUUUGUCCUCACUGACAGAUGUCUGUUCUACUACAAAGACGAGAAGGAGGACACGAUAUUAGGAAGUUUACCACUGCUCAGCUUCCGAGUCGAAGGAGUGGAGCCAUCAGACAACAUCACCCGCAAGUUUGCCUUUAAGGUGUGGCAGGAGGACCAUGAGAACGGGAGUGAGGAAGAUGAGCUGAAGGGUCCUGUUGUGUUUUGCGUACAGGCCGAGCACAGCGGCACCAGGACGUACUACUUCAGCGCAGACAGUCAUGAGGAACAACAAGAGUGGAUUGGAGCUAUGAGCCAGGCAGCAGACGUGGAAACAACGCAAAGCUCGGAGACCAGUGGCAUCACAGCUGAUGUCAGCAGCACCAUGGUAACCAAAGCCCCGGACCCCCAGACGCCACAGACAGACAGUGACUGUAAGCCCCCCUCCCAGCCCCCUUCACAACCCAAUGGGAAUGGACCUGAAACCCCUUCUCCCGCUCUGUCCUGCUCCAGACCGGACAAUAAUAACAGUGUAAAGACUGAAGCUCCAGUGGAGGGUCCAGGGGGUGUACCUGCACACUCCAAAUCUCACCCAAAUGGCUGGGCCCCUCACAACACAAUUCCCAGGACCAGUGCGGCCCAGAGCCACCACCAAGAGCGAACUGUACCCCCUCAGGAGGCAGUGGUCAUGCGCAGGGGCUUUGUGCCCAGGACAGCCCCAGAGAGAGUGGCACAGAGGAGGAGCUCCAUGGCCCAGCUGCAGCAGUGGGUCAACCAGCGCCGGGGCAUGGCCUCUCAGGAGGACCUCCACAGCCCAUCUCGGUACUACACUGUCAACAGAGGUGUCUCGGAGUAUUAUGGGUACCCUCCUGACCCUCGCUACAUGGAUGACUACCCCUUGUUCUCUGGUGGGAUGAGACCUGACAGCAUCUGCACUUUGUCUGCUGUGGGGGCUUACGACCAGCGCUGGACCCUGGAAGACAAACGGCGUUCGCUCAGAGAUGGCCCCCAUCAGCUGUACGGGCCCCCGAUGAUGAGGGACUCCUGGGGCCCACAGCACUAUGGCAUGGAAACAUCCAUGAGGCGCCUGUCAAUCCAGCCUCGCUCUCGCUCUGUGCCUCGGUCACCAUCUUCAUCUUCAGGGGGGUUGUACUCUCCAGUGCCUCCCAACUACGUGUCCCCAGCCCGGUCUCCAUCCACGCGUUUUGACCACGACCCAGCACGAAUAAGGGAUGACCACAUUUACGCCGACCCUUCUGUUUACAGUCUGAGGAGGUCUCUCAGCUCGCCAAAGUAUGACUUUCCUGGCACUAGGAGAUCCCUAAGCCAAGGCCUGUACCACCACAGCUACCCUGUCUCCCCCUCCAUUCACAGUAAAAUGGUACCUCCAUACAAUGAUCCCUACAGCCGAGAGCUACACCCCACACUAAAACUCAAUGAAAUUGAAACGAGUAAACUACUUGGUCGACUGUGUGAACAAAACCGCUUUCUGAAAGACCAAGAAGCUCUUGUCCACAGGCUAAGAAUGGAUAAGGACAACCUAGAGGAUGCACUGCUGUCCACUCACCAGGAGAUGGAGCUGCACCACCACCAGCCUCUGGCCAUGGAGAAACUUCAGUUCAAGAAGGAGGCUCUUCAGAACCAGCUCAUUAACAUCCGUGGAGAGCUCUCACAGGCUUCUAGUGCAUUAACCACUGCCCGUAUGGAGUUUGAGGCUUUGGAGGAUGAGGCAAACGCCAUUCAUGGAGAUCUGUGGGAGCAACUCAACGCUGGAGGCCAGAGUGUCCUUGUUCGUAAUCACAUACAGAAGGAGUUUUGGAGAGUCCAAGAUGUAUUAGAAGCACUUCAUAAAAACAAUUCAUCCAGAGGCACUAACACAGCCAAGCACAAAAUGGUCAGCAGUGGUACCUUUAGCACCAAUAGUCCUGCCAGUCCUCUAAGCUCCGUAAGCCUGACCAGCCCACUCAGCCCCUUCUCCCCACUGCCUGGCUCCCAGACCCCCCCAUCCAAACACCCUGAGAAUAUGAGUGAUGCAGAGGACACAGCCCAGGACAGACAAUCCUCCACAAAUAAAGUGGGGGUUGUUCCACCACGGACAAAAUCUCCCACAGAUGAAGUUCCCACCAGAGCAUCCGGUGGAUCUCGGUAUCGUGGAAGAAUGCACAAUGGAAUCUCAAGAGAGCGUCCAAAGAGUGCAGUGUUUCCAGCUGAAGUGAAGCCCAAAAUGAGUGUGGAGGAGCAGAACCAACGGCUGAGACGGAACCUAAGCAAGAGGCAGAGUCUGAACUUAGGCUCACACAACUACAAAGUGGUUCCUAGACGGCUGACAGCUCAUGAGAUUGAUAUAAAAGAAUUGGAGGCUGCAGUGCGGGGUGAGGGCCUGGAGUCUCCCAGUGAGGAGAUCGCCAGACUCAGACGUUUACAGGUGGAGCCCGAACUCUAUGACCAGGUCUUGGCUGCAGAGCGCCUCCUGGAGGAAGAUGAUUCUGUUCCUCUCAGUCCUGCAGAACAGCAAGAGAAGCAGAAGAAGCUGGAGCGUAUUAGAACUCUUAUUGCCAAAUCAAACUUGCAGAACAUGGUCCCAGUACUAGAUGGUCCUGUGGAUGGAGCGCCCCCUGUCAGCUCUCAGCAGCAGUUGCAGGAGCAAGAGAAGCGCAUUGAGAUCUCAUGUGCCUUGGCUGCAGAGGCGUCCCGUCGCAGCCGCCUGCUGUCUGCCCGCUGUAUCCCCAGCCCCCCCACCUCCCCGACCCGUCCAUCUCCGCCCUCUGAACCAAACUCUGCCAAUGUCAUGAAGGCAUGAGCACACAAGCUCAGGCCUGGGUUGCUGCCAAGUUUGACCGAGCUUCUUUCUGAGAAUUCACCUGACUGACAAUGGUUUCCCCUCACCUCACUUCAAUUUGACCAAAAAGCUAAAGCUAUAGGAAGAGGACUAUAGAAGACACACCAGAUUCAAGUAGCUCAGGACUCAGUGAAGUGAAAUGGGACCUGUUCAUUUCGGAGUUGUGUUUGAAGAUGAGCUACGUCCACAUGGAAUAGCAGCACAUUUGCAUGGUUCCGGAUGUGGAGCGUCCCGGGAGGACAUGUCUCUGUGGUCCUGCCUAGGACGUACAUAAACUGGGUUGUGCUCAGCUCACUGUGAUGCCUCGUUCCCAUCUGUCUCCAUUACCUCAUGUCAGCAGAUCACUUCUGUUCAUAUGCAACUUCAUGGCACUAAACAAAGCACUUGAACACACACAUGCCCAUGUUGUCAAAGAGUAACACUCACUGUAGAGAUUUACAGUCUUUAACCCUAGAGUACAGCACUACUGUGUAUAUAACACUACAGAUAUUAUUCAUAUCCUGACUAUUCUAAACUAUGAAAGCUGAGCAGUAUCUGUUUUAAGAAUGGACUUCUUUGGAGGUUCCAUCUGUCAUUUUGUUUCAGUCAUGUUACGUUGGAGUCAUCUGUGUCCUCUUAUCAAGAAUAUAUUAGGUUUCAGACCUUGUUCAAAACCUCUUGGUGUCUACAUGCAGAUUAUUUUAUGGUUAAAGUUACAAAAGUGCUCAAUAAUUCCUAUAUAAUAUGUGAAGUCUUAAAGUGGCUAAAACAUAACGUUUUAGCAUAGCGUGCACCAGUCCCUUUUUGCCAUGGAUAAUAUACACAUGCAUGGUGGAUCAGAGCUUUCCUGACAGUUUGGAUAGUUUUCUAAAUCCAACCUAUGUGCUCCCUCACUUUAUCGGUAUCAGAAUGUGAUGUGGUUACAUUAUAAAUCAAGUCGUUAUUCACUAUUGUGAAUAGAACCUAUUCAGAUAAAGAGUCAUUUUAUGUAAUGGAACAGAGCAGCAGUCAUCCCAGUAGUGUUAUGUCAUCCUUUGUGUAUUUAGAAGAAAGUUACUAAUGUUUAAUAACUUCAAAAAGACUAAGCAAACAUAUGAAUUAAUCAUGCUAUAUUAUUUGUAGAACUACAAAAUGCAUGAACAUUGGACAGCUGUUAGUGAACCAUCUCAACAACAGCAUUUCUCUGACCUGGGUUAUUUUGACAAUGUAAUUUUAAACUGUUAGACUGAGCAAACACAUAGGUCUGUUUAAUUAUGUAUCAUGCAAAUAACUUUAUUCUAAAGUGCAUCCCUGAUAACAAAUUGUUUUACAAUCCAAGAUAUGUGUUGAUAGCUCUUCCCAUGUGAAGUCACUGACACAGAUUAUAGUUAAAAGUUUAUUGGGAUUAAUGCUGUGUUUAUGUGCUUGAGUUGAUACAAAAAGUGAACAAAUAAUUUACCGUUACCAAUGCAAAAAUACCUCUGCAUGUUCUUUCCUUGCCUUAUGCAUUUGUUAACUGAUAUUUAAUGAAAGCUUGAAAACAAAUGCCUUGAUUGUGUCUGAUUACACGUGAACGCAGCAUUAAUAUCAACUUUAAUAUCUGUCAAAGAUGUGUUCAAACUGGACCUUCUGAGUAUAGAAAUAUGUGUUUGUGAGCACACAUAUGACCUGUACAAUGUAGCAGAUGAUACUGUCCAGCGUUGUAACACUCUCUGUUCACUGUCUCUUUAUUUCAGCAUGUCACUUUAGUUAGCACAGGUCAAUGCUUCAUGGAUAAUGUUAUCAGCUGGAGUUGGUGGACGUUGAACAUACAGUAUAUAUAUAUUCUGUAAAGUAAAUGUAUGUGGAAAGUGACCUUAGUGUAAUUCUCAUACAGUCAGUUAUUUGAGGGGAACUAUACAGUAGGCUAUUUAACUGUAAAUGUUAAUGUUCAUUUGGUUCAUUGCAGUGUGUUUAAAAUAAUGUGUAUAUGACAUCAAUUGGACUGAUGUGGAAACAGAUUUUGUAACACAAUUUGGCUAAUGAUCAUUUCAUAAUUCAUGUAGUCAUGUUCAUUUGUUCAGAGUCAUAAACUUUCAUGAAAGAUAAAGCAAAAAACACUACAGCUGGAGAGGAGAUUUCUAUAUUUGUUCUUUUGCAGAUUUUUUAGAAGCGUGGAAGAUGACAUGCAUAUUUUUUUAAAUUCAUGGAUAGUCACGUUUCACAAACCUAAUUUUAAUGUUAUUGAGAAGAGUUUGAUGAAGCAAAGCUAUUUUCGAAUGAAUUCGGAGAAAAACAUUGAUCUAUGUUGUUAAUAUUUGAUACUCUUCUGUAUGUAGCAUUUGAGGCUAAUGAGAAUAAAGAUGACCUACAAUAUAUACACCAAUUAUUGUAUAUGGUAUUUACAGUAAUUGUAUGCUGGAUGAUUAAUAAUAUCAAAUGUAACCAUUUUGGGAAAAAAUACAAAGUGCUUGGACUAUGCAAUUAAUUAAAAACACUGCGCUUGCUUUAAAAUAUUUGCAAUAAAGUGAAUGUAUGCCUUGUUUCUCCAAGUGCUUA